AUGCCUAAAUACACGAAAUUCUUAAAGGACCUUCUUAGGAACAAGGAGAAGUUAGGGGAGUUGUCGAAUGUCCCGUUAAAUGGAGGGUGUUCAGCAGUUGUUCUAAAUAAGCUUCCGGAGAAGCUUACCGAUCCCGGUAUUUUUACUAUUCCAUGUGUAUUCGGUAGUAAUACCAAUACUCGAGCCUUAGCCGACCUAGGUGCUAGCAUCAAUUUGAUGCCCUUUUCUCUCUACGAGAAGCUAGACUUAGGCGAGCUUUUACCUACCCGUAUGACAUUAUCCUUAGCCGAUCGGUCCGUGAAAUACCCGAGGGGUAUAGUUGAGAAUUUGCUUGUUAAGGUCAACAAGUUUGUUUUUCCCGCCGAUUUCGUCAUUCUUGAUAUGGAAGCGGAUGAGAGAGUUCCUAUCAUACCUGGUCGUCCAUUCUUGCGUACCGCUAAAGCACUUAUAGAUGUUUACGAUGGUAAAAUAACACUUAGGGUCGGUGAGGAGAGAGUCACCUUUGAGAUAGAUCGUUCCAUGAACCACUCGAGUGGUUCCGAUGACUAUAGUGGUCCUUGUCAUUCCGUAUAUUUCUUGAACUCGUUCAUCUCAUGCGUUGACCAUUGUUUAGAGUAUAUUACUGGUACCGACUUAGUAGGAGGAGAGAGAGUAGAAGAGGAGUCGAAGUUGGUGGAUGAAGUUGAAGAUGAGGGGAUUGCUUUGAUUCCCGAAGUAUUAGCCGUUAGUGAUGUCACCACCCAACCCCCACCAUUAGAGCUUAAGGUACUUCCAUCUCAUUUAGAGUAUGCUUUUCUAGGGGAGGGUUCUGAGCUACCCGUUAUCAUCUCCUCAAGGUUCAAGUUUGGAGGAAGAAGAGAAGUUGAGGUUGUUGGAGGUGUUGAAGGCCAACAAGGAGGCCAUUGCAUGGAGGUUGUCCGACAUCAAAGGCAUAAGCCCUUCUUAUUGCACCCACCGGAUACUCAUGGAGGAUGA